AUGACUAAUUUGUCUAACGCUCAAAUCUCCAUAUUACAUUAUUGGAAUAAUGGUAUACGAUCAGCUUAUUUUAUCCAUUGUGAAACAAAAAUUCCAUUGUCAACUGUUAAAUACAACAUCAAAAAACUGAAAGAAACGAAAUCUCUUAAACAUCGAGGUGGUAAUGGUCGUCCACGUGCAAUCAGAAAUGCAGGCCGUAGAGCUAUUGCUCAAUAUAUUCGUCGAGAUAAUGAAACAACAUUAAAAGAAAUUAAAGAAAAAUUGUCAAAAACACAUCAGAGAUCAGUAUCGUUAUCAACGAUCAGUCGUCAUCUACGUGAACAUGGCUAUCGGAGUGUUUUACCUAUCAACACACCCAUGCUAACGGCUGAACAGGAACAACACCGUGUUGAAUGGGCAAAAAGUAUCAAGCUCACGAUUGGAAUCGUACAAUAUUUACAGACGAAUCAUCCUUUCAAUUGUUUAGAAAUACGAUUCGACGAUGGUCCAAAAAUCCCGAAAGUGAAGUAA